GUCAACACGGUAUUCAUACUGUGGCAACACCGACAGUGCGCUCGACGACGUUUUGUGUUCUCGUGGCAUUAGUAUUUCGCUUUUGACGCAUGAAAUGUUGAGCAUUGUCGGCGCAGAGAUUGUUGGUAUAUGAGUUAGGUGUUUACAGCAAGAGAAAACCAACGUGUCAGUCGUACAAUCGUCCACACGAUUUUCCCAAGAUCUCAAAAGACGAUAUUCAACAUCCAAAGAUGUCGAGCGCCAUAGCUGGAAUAUUUAACUCUUUCCAAGACUAUCUAAAUGCCGAACAAGAGCUACGCGAGCAAAUCAGAACAAUUGUCAAAGAAAUUGAGCAGAGUGCGAGGGAAAUUCUCAUGGUACUUCAGAACAUCCACAAUGAAAAUACUGGCGAAGAGAAUACUAUAGUUUCUGAGCACUGCGCCAAGGCAAGGAAGCACUUUGAAGAUGUAAGAAAGGGGUACGCUAAGCUGGCUGAUGUUGUACCAAGCAAUCAAUACUAUCGGUUUCACGAACAUUGGAGAUUUGUUACGCAGAGAUUAUGCUUCCUCGCAUCUCUAACUGUUUAUCUGGAGGUCAAAGUACUUGUUCACAAAGACACAGUUGCAGAGAUAUUAGGAGUAAAGAGUAAUCGUGAGGAUGGCUUUCACCUGGACCUCGAAGACUUCUUGAUAGGCCUUCUUCAGUUAUCUUCAGAACUGUGCCGUUUUGCCAUAAACAGCGUGACCAGUGGAGACUACGAUCGUCCGAUAGAAAUAUCGCGAUUCGUGAACGAGUUAAACGCAGGUUUCCGGUUAUUAAACUUGAAAAACGAUUCCCUCAGAAAACGAUUCGACGCUUUGAAAUACGACGUCAAAAAAAUCGAGGAGGUUGUCUAUGACCUCAGCAUCAGAGGACUCAAACCUACGGUACAACCGCCGACUCAAGUUGAGUCGAAAUAAGACGUAGUAUUUUCCUCUUUCGCAUCGGUAUCGACCUUUGCGAAGUGGAAACUGCGAAAGUCGCCUGGACGAUACGCUUCAUCUCCUAUUUUCCAAGGAUAAAGUGUUCCUUUCAGGUUAUCCGCACGGGAUCUGAAACGCCCCCAUUUUUGAUUCUAAUACUUUUAUAAUGAUCGCUAUGAUAUAAUGUAUUUAUAAAAACCUUGACGAAUAAUAAGACGCUCUCAAUUCGG